AGAAGCUUCUGAUAACACCGUAUCUUAAGCGGGUACAAACAUUGCACAGUUGAUUCAACCAGUCAAUCAUCAUGGCCGAUUUGUACGGCAACCUGCGAAAACGUCAGACCCGGGAUUACGACUUGGAAGAACCGGAUAUCGUGAUAGACAGAGAUGACGCGCCCGCCCGGAAGUCGGACAAGUUUCACUGGGAUAUAUGGCUCUUGUUGGCCUUUGAGAAUUGGAUCUUUGAUUUCGGACGUCCGAUAGCGGCAUUGUUUGUACCUGUAGAAUGGUUUCCCCUGAGCCAGCCCAGUAUCGGCGACUACUUCCAUAUGGCAUACAACGUCAUUACACCUUUCUGUAUUCUCAAGCUGAUUGACCGAAGUUCUAGGAAAUUAUCGUCAACCUUGACCCAUUUAUGUGUGAUAAUCUUCGUCAUGGGGAGCAGUAUACACCUAGUGGGGGAUUCCAUCAAUCAUCGCCUCGUCAUCAUCGGUUAUCAGCUCCACCUGUCGGUCAGGGACAAUCCCAUCAUGCAAACUCUACAACCAAAGGAACUGAUCGACUCUUUUGAACUAUUGUAUAAUUACGACGAAGUUAUCGGGCACCUUAUGUGGUAAGUGAUGUCACAGAUACA